AUGGCCAUCAGUAUUGAUAGACGCGCUUCGGCGACGCGUCGCGUCCAAGGGGAUAGGGGGUGCCAGAGCGCUGCAACGACUGCCAUUCUUAGAGCCUGGACCUUGCAUUGUCGCCGAGAACUAGAUAAUGCAAAGACCGUCUACGACCGAGUCAAAGCGCUGAGCAGGGUGGACCAGAAUGGUCCAUCCGACAAUGUCCAGCCACGGGAAGGAAAGGCGGACAAUGAUCUACAAGCUCCUGACUCAAGGUCGCAACGAAGGUUCAAAGAAUGGGCUUUGACACUCUCAAACGACUAUAAAUACUCCUCGUUCAUACCCCAUGCUCUUCACGACUCAAAUACCCCAUCCACUACAAGCACUCACCAACCACACAGUCGCAAUAUGGAGAAUAACAAAUACCGCCUCUACAUUGCCUUCUACACCGACUUCUUCCCCGCCAAAGCGAAGUACAUCUACGAAAAGUACUAUGUGGGACUUCUUCUAAUCCCCAAGGGCGCUGACAUCAAGUCUUCGGCAAAGGUUGCUCAGGACAUCUGCUACCACAAGGGAGUAUUUUGUGAAGGAAUGGUCAAGAGUCGACCUGACGCCCUCGUUGGACUUCUUUUCUUGGACAAAGUUGCUAACCCGCAGCAGGUGACAGCGGUCCUUAGGCGCAGGCUCGCCGGGAGCAGCGGAGGUCGCAACGAUCACGGUUGGGUGGUCACCGCAAUCGAGGCUUUAGUCGAAGAAAAAGUGAUCGCUUCCAGUGGUAUCAAGGCUGCUGACAUUUUGAAGACCGGUUUCGUAUUCACGGACAAGAACUCGGACGCGUUCUCUCCCAUGUUUGUCCCUACUUGCUGUGUCAACGGUAAACAAAUCAAGUCCGCAUUGGAGGGCUUUUAA